AUGCGAUUGUCUGUGCAAAAUGGGUACAUUUGUGAAAGGCACGUAGCAAGAAUUCGAAAAAUAGACGAUCAUUGA